AUGCACGCAAUGGAAACGACAGCGAUAGGCACACUCACCAUCCCGCGUAUUGUCAACGGCCUCUGGCAGCUCGCGGACGGGCAUGGUUCCGAAGUCGACACGGCAGUCGCGGCCUCCGCGGCGCGCAGAUACGUCGAAGCGGGUUUUACGGCGUUUGACUGUGCUGACCACUAUGGCCCCGCUGAGGAAGUCGUCGGCGCUGCGGGACCUGACCUGGUCGCGUUCACAAAAUGGUGCCCUGAGCCGAGCGUGAGCGGUGCGGCCGCGUGUGCAGAGGCUGUCGAGCGCGCAUGUGCGCGCAUGCGUACCGAAGCAAUCGACCUCCUGCAGUACCAUGUGUGGCGGUACGACGAGGUCAAGUACAUCGACAACCUCCACCACCUCGCCCUCUUGCAGGAGGCAGGCAAAAUCAAACACCUGGGCCUGACGAACGUGGAUUUCCGCCACCUGCGCAUGCUACACAGCUCGGGAUUCCGUAUCGCCACCAACCAGGUGAGCGUGAGCGUGCUCGACACUCGCGCGCGGCGCAUGGGCGAGUGGGCGGAGGCGAACGGCAUCGCUCUCCUAGCGUACGGAUCGCUGUUAGGCGGCUUCGUCUCGGACAAGUGGCUCGGCAAGGAGGAACCACAGGAGGCUGAGCUCUCGAACUGGAGCUUGAGGAAGUAUAAGCGCUUCAUCGACGCAGCUGGUGGCUGGAAACCAUUCCAGGCGCUCAUUGAGUCACUCGCAAAGAUUGCAGCCAAGCACACCGUACCUCUCUCAGCCGUCGCGACCCGCUACGUCCUCCAGCAGCCUGGCGUGGCUGCGGUCAUCGUCGGCUCGCGCCUCGACGCGAGCAACAUUGAAGCGAACAGGGCUGUCUUCUCUUUCACUCUCGACGCGACUGACCUCGCUGCCAUCGCGGCUGCACAGGAUGAACUCACCGCCCUCCCAGGAGACUGUGGCGACGAGUACCGCUAUCCGCCGUUUUUGACCGCGAGCGGCGAUCUCAGCCACCACCUUUCCGAAGACGACGAUGUACACCGCAAAGAGGUGGAACGUGUGAUCGCAGCUGACGGGCGUGUAGAAGUAUCCUCUGGCUCGCCAUACGAGCCUAUUGCCGGAUACUGCCGUGGCGUGCGUACAGGCAACACCUUCGUCAUAGCCGGCACCACAACACGCGCCAUGCCAUCAGGCAAGGGGGUCGUGGGAGGCGCAAGAGCCGCUGACCAGUCGACGCACGCGCUUGACAUUAUUGGCGGCGCGGUGCGCUCUCUCGGUGCGAGUCUGGCGGACGUCACUCGCACACGCGUGCUCCUCUCCUCGGUCGAGGGGUGGGAGGACGUCGUUCGCGUCCACGGAGCUGUGUUUGGACCGCAUGCGCGGCCUGUCAAUACUACUGUUGGGGGGAUUACGUUUAUUGGCGCGGGAAUCCUCGUCGAGAUUGAGGCAGAGGGGGUUAUUACAUCUGGGCCGCGCGUCCGGUUUUGA